CCAUUCCUUUUCUUUCUGCGAAGCACUCGCAGACUUUGUUGGUAUUUUCGGCGAUAACUGUUCAACCUUCUUAUACCGGAAUUGGAUUUUGAAUUUGAAAUCUGCGCUUGAUUUUUAGGGUUUUUAAUUUUGAUCAAUCUUUUUGUGUAUUUGGUAAUUGGAGGUGUGAAUUUUUAGGGUUUUGGGAGGGAAAAAAAAAGGGUUUUGAUCAAUGAAAGGGGAAGUACAGCUAGAGGUAACGAGUGCAGAGAACCCUAGUCCUAGUGAUGCUGAUCCUCUGCUAGACAAACAUGCCGAUUCAUCGUCACCAAGGAGCUCGAGCUCGAGCUCGAAUGAGAUCAGGAAUGAAGAUAUUGAGACCGGUUCGAAUUCGUGUUGUCGCAUUUGCCUCGAGAGCGAUGCGGAGCCAGAGGAUGAAUUAAUAUCUCCAUGCAUGUGCAAAGGUACCCAGCAGUUUGUGCAUCGUUCGUGUCUUGAUCAUUGGCGUUCAGUUAAGGAAGGAUUUGCUUUCUCACAUUGUACCACUUGCAAAGCUCAAUAUCACUUUUGUGUUGCAUUGUUUGAGGACAACUCUUGGCGAAAACUAAAAUUCAGGAUUUUCGUGGCAAGGGAUGUUUUUCUUGUAUUCUUGGCUGUACAAACUGUUAUUGCUGCAAUGGGUGGCUUUGCAUACCUAAUGGAUAAAGAUGGGGCCUUCAGGAACUCAUUCAGUGAUAGUUGGGAUCGGAUUCUGUCAAAACAUCCUAUACCUUUCUAUUAUUGUAUAGGGGUACUGGCCUUCUUUGUGCUGCUUGGAUUUUUUGGGCUUAUACUACAUUGCUCCUCCCUCAAUGGUAACGACCCUCGGAUGGCUGGCUGCCAGAACUGUUGCUACGGAUGGGGAAUCUUGGAUUGUUUUCCUGCUUCAAUGGAGGCAUGCUUUGCCUUGGUUAUUGUUUUUGUUGUCAUUUUUGCCAUUCUUGGCAUAGCUUAUGGUUUCCUUGCUGCCACCAUGGCCAUUCAGAGGAUCUGGCAGAGACACUACCACAUCCUUACUAAGAGGGAGCUCACUAAGGAGUACAUAGUGGAGGAUCUUCAUGGUUGUUAUGCCCCACCAAAAUUGGAUCCAGAACAUGAAGCACGUCUGAAAAUGCUUAAGCUUUUGUAGUGAUGGAGGGGUGAGUGAAAUUAUGUCUUUUAACUUGCUGUUAAAUUAAUCACCAUUUGGGAGCAACAAUAUGUAUUUGUUCCACAACUUUGUUUAAUACAGUGGGGAGGAAAGAGAACGGUCUUAUAUUCUAAGUGCUCAGAGGUAUGUAACCAAUCUUGCAAAGCUAAGUGAAAAAUAUUUGGGAAAUGGGCUUAUACGACCACCUGUGCUGUUAUAUAUAUAUAUAUAGAAAGAGAGCUUGCACCAUUGAUAGGCC